AUGAUCGGCCUUUUGCAGCCACUAGACUUGUGGAAAGAGGGCGUGGCUACACACGACAAUGGACUGGCGCCGGUAUCGCCAGUACCGUCAGUAUCGAAGCCUCCAGCUAGCCCUGCCGCCAAUCUUCACGCCAUUGUGCUUGCUUUCCGAGCCAUUACAGUGCUCAAGACAGCAAGCACUUCAGCGACUACUCGAAUCAAAAAGACGACCUCUGUUGAUGUAGACAAACACUCCGCGGUAUCUCUCCUAAAAGUGCAUCCAGUGUAUCAAACUGUGCCUCUUCGCCUCAAUGAAUUCCGUAUUCUCCACGUGGAGCCAUCCACCUCCUUCUCAUCGCAAAUUGUGGCCAGACUCUCUGUGGUUGACUACGAUCCCGAAUCCAAGAGCGUCUCAGCCUCUUACGACGCUCUCUCCUAUAGAUGGGGAGACCCCAACGACACUGUUACAAUUGUCGUCAACAACGCAGAGUUGAAGGUGACAAGGAAUCUGUCCAUUGCUCUUCAGAAUCUCCGUCACAAAGACCGAGAGCUCGUCAUCUGGACGGACGCUAUCUGCAUCAAUCAGAUGGACAUAGAAGAGCGGCAGGUCCAAGUAACUCUAAUGGGUGCCAUCUACUCAAAGGCGGCCUGUGUGCAGAUAUGGCUUGGCGAGUCUGAUCACGAUACUGAAGCGGGAAUGGAUCUCGCGAAUAGCUGCAGCGGCAUACGUGCAGACACCGCAGCAGUCGCGAAAAGGAUCUGCGCCGAUGGUCGUGGGUCUGCUGGAUUGGCGGAGCUCCUCGAGCGGCCAUACUGGAGCAGAAUCUGGAUGUUCCAAGAAAUCCUCCUGUCAGGAAAGGCGCAGGUUCAGUGUGGGCAGUUCAGCACAUCAUUUGGUAACCUCAAGUACCUGGAUUUGGUGACCUCCAAGGCAUCUCUGUGGAAAGACCGAAAAAACCCUCCACCCUGGACCAUCCGACUUCGCAAAGCAUUCUUCAACACGGCACAGUUUACCAUUAGUCCAAAGGCUCUCAACAACUUGGAGCACAUUCUUGUUCUCACAAGACCGUUACAAGCGACCGAGGCGCGUGACAAGCUCUUCGCCCUCAUGGGUACGUGCGAUAUGGCCCCGUAUCUGUCCGUCGACUACAGCAAGUCGCUACGCGAUAUCUAUGUCGAGUUCGCCAGGCAUUACGCUCAAAAGACGGGAAGCUUGGCUUUGUUUCUCCUGGCCGGGUCCCAAAAUCCAGAAGACCAAACUGAUAUUGGUCUUCCUUCAUGGACUCCAGACUUUCGCUCUUCGACAGGGGUGGAUAUCUACACUGGCUACGGGAUCGAAAAUACAGGUACCUUCAAUGCCACAAAAGGAAAGCGCUACAUCGAAACGUACUCAAAAGAACACAUAACGGGGGAUACCGACGGAGUCUUCAUAGCCAAAGGAUAUCUUUUGAAUACGAUCAAAACCACAGUUCCAGUCUUGAAAGAUGCGCAGACUCCUAAGCAACUGUUAUCGAUGCUGCAAUUUGGACAGCUCGACGGUCACCCCGGGGGUUCUGGCAAACCUCAGAUCGAAUCACUAUUCGAGAGUCUCAUAUACGACACUAAUGGGUUCACUGAAGAGGACUCUGAAGCUCGCAGCGCCACAAAGCAACAUCAUCGAUUGAAUUAUAUGCUUGGGCUCAUGCGAGACUUGGAGACAUAUAUGGGAAACGAACUUCCCAGGAAGCAAGACGGCAAUGUUGACUUCAACGCCCUUUUCCGCUCCAAGAGAGGUAGCGAUCUCCCCUACGUCACCUUCUACGAGUCAAUCAAAAGGACUGAUGCCUCCCAACUCGAUGUUCAUUACAAAUCAUUCAUGAAGGAAUUUUUGUUGAAAGCAGGAAGAGCGUCGAGCAUGUUUGUCUCCAACGACAGCAAGCUUGGGCGGUGCAGCGUCGUUGCACGAUCUGGUGAUGUCAUUGCCCUACUUUUCGGGUGUCCUUUUCCUGUGAUUCUGAGGAGACAAGAACUGGGAUUCGAGUUUGUCGGUGCUUGUUACAUCAGCGGCAUGAUGUAUGGGGAGCUGAUGACUACCGAGAGUCAUGACUUGACGGUUCAGGAGAUCCCGUUGAUCUAA